AUGCGUUUCCUACGCUCACUUCUCUCCUUUGCCGUUCUUGCGACGGCCGUGGCAGCCGCCAAAAAGUCCUCCACUGAGCGGUUCGAUGAAUUCCAUGCCAAACAGAGCUCGACACCGCUCAAGCUGAAGGAAUCGACUUAUAAAACCCUGACCUCUACACCAAGAGACUACAGCGUUGCUGUGCUCCUCACCGCUGCCGAUGCCCGGUUUUCUUGCCAGCUCUGCCGCGAGUUCCAACCUGAAUGGGACUUGCUGGGCAAGAGUUGGGCCAAGGGUGACAAGGCCGGCAACUCGCGGCUGAUUUUUGGCACUCUGGACUUUGUUGAUGGCAGAGAGGUUUUUAUGUCGCUGACGCUAUCAAUGAAGCUUGGCCUUCAAACUGCCCCUGUCCUCCUCUUAUUCCAGCCCACCGUCGGUCCCCAUGCUGCUCAAAAGCCAGAGCCACUGCGAUACGACUUCAGUGCCGGACCCCCGACUGCCGAAAAGGUUCACUCCUGGCUGGCUCGUCAGCUGCCUGACCGACCUCAUCCUGCUGUCAAGCGACCUUUCAACUAUGCGGGUUGGGCGAUCACCAUAACUAUUGUCCUCGGAGUUGUUACUGCAGGUGUCGUGGCUUGGCCGUAUGUCUCUCACAUUCUGCAGAGCCGCAACCUCUGGGCAGCCUUGUCCUUGAUGACUAUUCUCUUGUUCACCAGCGGCCACAUGUUCAACCAUAUCCGAAAAGUUCCCUACGUUACUGGUGACGGACGUGGUGGAGUUAACUACAUCGCGAGCGGUUUCCAGAACCAACUCGGCUUGGAAACACAGGUGGUGGCAGCAAUUUACGGUGUCCUAUCCUUUUGCGCGAUCUCCCUCGCUAUCAAGGUCCCACGAAUUGCUGAAGCCAAGUCUCAACAAGUUGCAGUCAUUGCUUUCGGUGGCGCCCUCUUCCUUGUCAAUAGCUUCCUGUUAAGCGUUUUCCGUGUCAAGAACCCUGGCUAUCCAUUCUCUCUGCCGCCCUUCAUGUGA